GUGGCAUGUCAAAAUCGCAGCUGAGGAAGAGCCUAAAUAAGAUAGAAAGUGCUGUAAGCGAUGCAUGUAAAGUUUUGGAACAACUGAACUUGCCAGGUGUACGUAAUGAUAAGGGGAGACGAGUUGUUUCUACCAGUUCAUGUACUGCAGGCAUUACUGUACGUCCUCUAAGAGUAAUUGGCCGAGAUCCAGAUCGUGACAAGAUCAUAGCAAUGCUUCAUGAGAGCGAACACCAGUUUCAAGUAAAUACUGUUAGUGGUACAUGUUAUUCUGUAAUUGGCAUUCAUGGGAUCGCCGGAUCUGGGAAAUCAACACUUGCACGAUGUGUUUAUGAUCAUGAGAAAAUGGAAGACCAUUUCGAUAUUGUCAUGUGGAUUCAUGUUUCCCAGAAGUUCUCUUUGGAUUCCAUUUUCCGUGAAAUGUUUGAGGGGGCUACAGAUGAAGAAUGCCCGAAAUUUAGUAGUCUUAACGUCCUAAAGGAAAGGCUAGAGAAGAAACUUCGUGGAAAACGGAUUUUGGUGGUACUAGAUGAUGUCUGGUACAACAAUAGGAAUUCGGAAGACCGUGAAGAACUACAGAAGUUAAUUUCUCCGCUGCAUGUUGGGAAGGCAGGAAGCAGAAUCUUGGUGACUAGUCGAACUGAAGCUGCAUUAGUAACUCUGGGUGCAAUAAAAGAGAGAUGUAUUCCAAUAUCAGACCUGGAUGAUAAAGUGUUCCUUGAAAUGUUCAUGCAUUAUGCACUUCAAGGAGCAAGGGUAAGUGACAAUGAUCGAAGAAUUCUUGAAAUGAUUGGAGAGGAUAUUGCAAAAAAGCUAAAGAGAUCACCUCUAGCAGCCAGGACAGUGGGUUCACGGCUCCAUGAGACACAAACUGUUGAGUUUUGGAGGAGUGUGAAAGAUCGAGACCUUUUGAACGAUACGAUGGGAGCUCUGUGGUGGAGCUACCAGUAUCUUGAUGAGCAGGUCAGGCGAUGCUUUUCUUACUGUAGUAUUUUUCCCAGACGACACCGAUUGAAACGUGAUGAGUUAGUUAAGUUGUGGGUGGCAGAAGGGUUUAUAAAGACUAGUAAGUCUGAAGAGGAAAUGGAAGAUGUUGCUAAGGAUUAUUUUGAUGAAGUGUUGUCGGCCUCAUUUCUGCAAUUAGGAGGGAAAGAAAAGCUAUAUGGAAGUGAUCAACAUGUUGAUUACUUUACGAUUCAUGAUCUGCUGUGUGAUUUAGCAGAGGAGGUUGCCGGACGAGAUUGCUUCAGGGUUGAGAAAGGCUACACAGGAGAACUUCCUCAAGAUGUUCGCUAUCUUUUUGUUUGGACUUAUAAUAGAGGGUUCCUUACUAAGAUGUCUGAAUUGAAAAAUUUACGCACUCUAAUCAUCAAUGACAAGAUUGGAACAUUCGACCAUGGUGACUUUGAAAGUGUGUUCCCUAUAUUCAUGGGACUACGGAAAUUGCGGGUACUGAAAUUGAAUUUGAAGGGAUAUGGUUUCCGUACGUUCUCAUUUCCAGAUUCUAUUGAUCAGUUGAAGCAUCUGCGUUAUUUUGCUUUUGAGGUGGCUGCGUCUACCAAGCUAAAUUUACCGGCCGCUUUUACCAAGCUCUACCACAUGCAGGUGGUUGAUUUUGGUGUUUGCAAAAAAAUGGCGUUUUCUAGUGGUGAAGAUAUGAUGAACCUCGUGAAUUUGCGCAGUGUACUCAGUUGGGCAGAUCUGGAUUUUCCAAACAUUGGGAGGCUGAUAUGUCUCAAUAUGUUACCAUUCUUCACAAUAAGGAAAGAAAAAGGGUACGAGUCACAUCAGCUGAAACACCUAAACAAGCUUCAAGACAAGCUGCAGAUCCACGGUCUUCAGAAUAUUAAGAGCAAGGGGGAGGCUCUUGAAGUCAAUCUUGCUGCCAAGGAAAAACUCACAGAACUGGUACUUGUAUGGCAUUGGGAUGAUGAGAGCUGCAGUCCAGAAGUCGAAGAAGAGGUGCUUGAGGGUCUUUGCCCAUCCAAGUAUCUUGAAAGACUAGAGAUAAGGGGGUACCAUGGUAUGAAGCUACCAAACUGGAUGAUGGGUGAGCAUAAGGGCGGCCCAAAGAACCUACAAGAACUUCGCUUUACCAGAUGUACUCCCUUCAUCUCACGAAACAUGUCAAAGAUUUAUAAAAAUUUGAAUGUAUACGACUAA